AAUGGGGUUUUAGGUCUGCACUGGUAAAGCAUAGAGCUCUCCCGACUCGGCAAACCUGCAAGAGUGCAAGGCUAGAACCAGCAACCCAUCUCCGGUCUCCGCCUCCAGGUAUCUCACCAUCUCUCUCCUCCUCUGCGACGGCCGACGGCUCCUCCAGUCCUCCUCUUGAUCUGUUGUUAAAUUGGUUCUGCUACAUUUGAUUAAAUUGGGGGUUUAGAUUGUCCACCAUAAUCUUUUUUCUCUCCCUUCGUUAAGAAGUUCAAGCCCCACCAAGGUUGCAAUCCUGGAUCCGCCCCUGCUUUCAGAGGCUUAAGGCAUAGAGUUCAUACUUUGUGGCCGUUGCAAAACUCGGCAGGUGAAGAAGCCAUGGCGGGUUGGCAGAGGCAUCUCCACUCCUUAAUCCGUCAAGUUGGGAAAACCCUCGAAUCCAAUUACGCCCAAUCUGCCUCCUUUUCUUCUUCUUCUCGCGUAGAGGCUGGUUUGCCUUAUUUGCAGAGACUCUGUAGCAGACCGUCUUCUCCUACCAUUCCAAGGCCUCUUCAUCGCUACUUUCAACAAUUGGGGAUUUCGAGUUCGAGGAACUUACUUGCAGAAGAACCGGUUUCAUCUCCGUUGACUCCUCUUUUGACAUCAACUUCUGCAAAAGCUGAAGAGCACAACCAGAAAUCGCUUACUAAGCCUUCUACAGUUCAAGCUAUCCUAAAGGGCAUCAAACAGAGUCCUAAGAAGGUCAAUUUGGUUGCUGCACUGGUUCGUGGCAUGCGUGUUGAAGAUGCAUUGUUGCAGUUGCAAGUGACGGUAAAGAGAGCUGCAAAAACUGUAUAUCAGGUUAUUCACUCAGCCCGAGCAAAUGCAACUCAUAAUCAUGGGCUGGAUCCAGACCGUCUCCUUGUUGCUGAGGCAUUUGUUGGAAAGGGAUACUACAAGAAAAGAAUUUCCUACCAUGCUAAAGGAAAAUGUGGAGUUAAAAUGAGACCAGAAUGCCGACUGACUGUGGUAGUACGGGAGAUUACCCCUGACGAGGAGGCAGAGAUAGCCAAACUGAAAGUUAAGAAUUUCGUUAAGCUCACCAAGCGGGAAAGAAGGCUUGUUCCUCAUCAGCUGAUUGAGACAACUUCAAUUUGGGGCCGAAAAGGCAAGGGUCGCAAUCAUGAACCAAAUGGUAUUCCUGCAUGAUCAAGCUCUCUUCCAAUGAUUUUCAGAUUCUAAAAGAAAGUUCUCAGACACCUGUGUGUCCUUGCAUUUCAAUGAGGUUGUCUUGUAGAAGUGUGAAAGGUCAAAGUGCCACAGUAGGAGCAACCUUGUUUCUGUUUUGUUUGAAUGCUUAACGUGUAGAAUAUGAUCUGAUUAUUUCCAUCUUAGUUGCCUUCAUUUGGAUGAAUAAAUUUUUUUGAAAUAAA